AUGAAAAGAUUCAAGCUUGAGAGUUGUUCUAAUGCAGAACAACAGGAUGUAAUAUCAUCGCCUCCAACAACACCAUUAACGCCAAUCCAGGCAGUGAAUCAAGAAUAUUCCCCUACAAUAUCUGCGCUUACAAAUUCAUUAUCAUCUUUGAACGAUGCGUCAUUCCAACAUGUUGAGAAGGAUAACCAAGAUCAACAACAACAAGUGGCAUCUUUGCCAACUACUACCUCUUCUUCCCCAAUUACAUCUUCUCCCUCCCUGCUCUCCAAAAUUUAUCUCUACUUCAGUGUCUUUUUGAGUCUCUUCCUUCAAGUUUUCAAGUGUGAGAGCAUGUUCAUGCUUGUAGACCUAGAUGCGCUUUAUCCUACCUCUCCAUCAAUAGAACCAUUGAGUGAGACAUUCAAAGAGAGUGUCACUUCCACAACAUUUGAUUCCUCUUUCAGUUCUGUAUUUUCAGGUACCUCUCUUUCUGAUUUUACUGAACAUGUUGUUCCUCCUCAAGUAUCCUCCAUUUGUACCAACCAAAAACCUUGUAAACCUUCCCUCUCACGUAAAAGUAGUAUCGUUAUCCUUGUUGAUAAUGCUCCAAUAGCUCCUUCUAGUAAGGAAUCGAGGAAGAUGUCAAUCAGCCUCAUAGAACUUGACACACCAAUAUCUAUCUAUUCAGAUGAUGAUCCAGAUUUUGAUACUUAUAGUAGCUCACAAUGUUUGAGUGAUGCUGUGAGUACAACCACAGACUCACUGAUAGAUAUUGACUUUCUUUGUUGCAAUGUCAAUACAUUCACUGCACCAGCCAUUCCUCCAAGAAUGUUCGGCAAGAGAGCUUCUUCACCAAAGUUCUUGGCUGCCUUGAAUUCAAAAGAUGCCUUUGUCAAGCAAAAUUCUACGAGUUCUCUCCUUAGAAGCCAUGUUAAUAGAGAAGAAUUAUUCGAAUUGAAGAGUAGACUCAAUUCUUUUAAAUUUCCUGUCAAGGAUGACGAGUAA